AUCUGAGUUUGGCAAUCAGAACAUCGCAAUCUUCAGCAUCUUCAAACAGGGGCCUUUUACGAACUUGUGAGAGAAUCGAACCUUCCCCAACAUCCUAUCUUACGAAUUGCUACUGACUGAUAUAAGUACAGUUCACCCAUAGAAUCAACUCACGUAUUAGCAUCUAUUACUGAAACAAUGACUACACAUGAGGACCUCAUCGCUCUCCUCUCCCGCAACCUUACAUUUUCGAACCCUAAUAAUAUUGAUUCACAUGGGUUGUCGGAUAUUCCAUCGCCCAGUAAUCCGCCUCCAAUUACAUAUUCCAUCACUCAGCAUUAUCACCACUCUGCCCAUCAGGUAACAGCUGCGCCUGCUGAAACUCAGGAGUCUACCUUUGGACAACAGGAUCGCGAAGCUGCCGAAGAUAUCUUGCGCAGUCAUGGAGUUGAGCCGUCGAAUCUCUUUCCCUCUCAAGUGACAUUGUUUAUGCACGCUGGUCCUGAAGAGCAAUUUCGCCUUCUAGAACUCUGGCGAAGCUCACCGCCCAGCUACGGCGGGCACGAGCUAGCGCGAGACUUGAAUAACUGGCCUGCUACUAGCUUGGAACAAGAGGAAGUCAUGGCUCGGCUUAGACAAGAAAGACAGGCAUCAGAAGAAGAAAGGAGACUCCUUCUCCUGUCCCCUCCAAGCAUCAGUAGCCAAGAGGAGGAAAUGGGGGAUGCAGAACCUGACGUUCCUCUGGCUCUGACCCCAAUUGAAGCUGGCGAUGGACGCAGCCUUGCCGAGCCUUACAUUCUGAACGGAUACGAUGUUGAUGGAUACAGCGACAUGAUUGAACCAUUGACCAAACCAACCACUUAUGUUCAAGCGAUAGAUCCGGUCUUCAAAGGGUCAGAAUACCUUGGCAAUUUUGUUGGAAACCAGGCUUUGGGAGACCAGUAUGGGCCUUUUGAGCACAUGAGGCAGUACGCCCAGAUGUCUGGCGGUUUUGCGGGUGUGCACGAGUUGCAUGAUGAAGAGAUGCUCUAGACAGAUGAUACCAUGAGAUUGUUAUUCACCAUUGCAUUCCUGAUUUUGAGCGUCGUUUCAUUCAUUGUAUCCUUUCCUUCGCUUGGUGGUUUUAGAUUCUUUUCCGAACUUUACGUCGAGGCUUCUCACGUGUUGGGCGAUCAUUUCAUGUGGGUUCGUUUCAAAUACACUCUACUCAUUAAUCGGAUUCCCAUACAUAGUGUUCGACAAAGUAGUGUUAUUGUUCUUGGUAGUAUGCGAAUACAUCAACAAUGUCAUGACAAUUCCCUACAGCAAAUUGCAAUGGAGAGUUGACCAGAACAAAGUAGACAGAUGCAA